GCUUUGUGGUGCAGGUAAAAAUCCAACCACAUUCUACUAAAACAGACCAAGAACUUUCAUGUGUUAUUUAUUAUUCUUUCCCUUGUUUUCACAAACCCCUUAAGCAAAUUCAGGAAAAUAAGAAACCUUUUUACUCAUUCAUCCCAUCAUUGGAUUCUCAUUUUAGACCAAAAAGGAGGGGUUUUCUUAAUAUUUCCAUUUCGGCAAAAACAUAUGUACAUCUUCACGAAUAUUGCAACCUUUCUUACCCUAAUUUAGGGGAUGUGCAAAUAGUUAUAUUUAGGCUGAAGCCAAUGUUGAAAGGAUCUCAAUUGGAUCCCUUAAAAAACUAUACAUCACAAAUAGGGUAAAAAAGAUUUAACUAUAUAUGAAUUGUUGAACGGAUCGAAACUUCUAGUAUAACAUCAAAGAGGUUUAGAAUUUUGCUUAAGGUCGCUGGUUGAUCUUUGUUGAUUCUUGUAAUUUCUGGUUAUAUUUCUGGCUAGGGAAUUGGCACAAAAAUGGUUAACGAAGAAAAUAAGUAUCAGAAGUCGAGAUCUUUCAAUUUUAGGAAGAUAUUUGAGAUUCCAAGUAGAUUGGCACAUACCAUUGGAGGGGAGAGUGGUAGUGAUGACGACGAGGAGAUGGAUGACAAGGUCCAAUUUAUUAGCCAAGGAGGAAUACCAUUAGAAAAUCAACAGAUAGAUGGUGCUUUCGAUCGGCCUACAGAUACUGAACUUGUUUCAAGCUUGAUCAAGGAUGGACCCAAGGCAGGAAAUCCCCCUAAAGGCAAACCUUCGGACAUUGAGUUGAUGAAAGAACGGUUUUCAAAGAUGCUUUUAGGAGAGGAUAUGUCAGGAGGAGGCAAAGGUGUUUCAUCAGCUCUGGCUUUAUCAAAUGCCAUUACCAAUCUAGCUGCUUCUGUUUUUGGAGAACAAUCGAAAUUGGAGCCCAUGUCUCAACAGAGAAAAGAAAGGUGGAGAAAAGAAAUCGACUGGCUUUUAUCUGUGACAGAUUACAUUGUUGAGUUUGUUCCAGGACAACAAAAAUCAAAAGAUGGAACAAACAUGGAGAUAAUGGUUACUCAACAAAGAAAAGAUCUGCUCAUGAACAUCCCUGCUCUAAAGAAGCUCGAUGCAAUGCUCAUUGAUUGCUUAGAUAAUUUCAAAGACUCAAAAGAAUUCUGGUAUAUCUCGAAAGAUGCUGAUGAAUCUGAAAAAGGUGUCCAGAAGAAUGAUAAGUGGUGGCUACCUACCAUCAAAGUUCCACCCGAGGGCCUCUCAGAGGCAUCUAGAAGAUGGCUACAAUAUCAGAAGGAUUGUGUGAACCAAGUACUCAAAGCAUCCAUGGCGAUUAACGCCCAAAUACUAGCAGAAAUGGAAGUCCCUGAAAACUACAUCGAGUCUCUUCCCAAGAAUGGUAGAUCAAGUCUUGGUGAUUCAAUCUACAAGAACAUCACUGUCGAGUUUUUUGAUCCAGAACAAUUCCUUUCAACUAUGGAUAUGUCAUCGGAACAUAAAGUUCUUAACUUGAAAGACAGAAUUGAAGCAUCUAUUGUGAUUUGGAAGAGAAAGAUGCACCAAAAAGAUGCAAAGUCUUCCUGGGUUCCAGCUGUGAGUUUGGAGAAGAGGGAGCUCUUUGAAGAGAGAGCAGAGACUAUCUUACUCUUGAUAAAAGACAGAUUUACUGGAAUCCCUCAAUCUUCCCUUGAGAUAAGUAAAAUCCAAUAUAACCGAGAUGUGGGACAUUCUGUUCUAGAGAGCUAUUCAAGAGUGCUAGAAAGUCUAGCCAACACAGUAACAUCACGUAUUGAGGAUGUCCUAUACGCAGAUUCUGUCGCACAAGAUCCAUCACUUGCAAUAGCAAAGUGGAACCGUUCAGCUGAUUCUUCACCUCAACAACCACUAAGUGGUAUGUCCACUCCCAAAGAAGAGUCGGAGAGGUUAAGUUCUACAGAAGAAACACCUACCUCAAUGACUUUAUUUGACUUCAUGGGGUGGAAUAUGGAACAAGGAGAGGGAGACAUAAACAAGAGUCGCUCUACGGGUAACUUGGACUCUUUCCCCCAAAGAUGAUAAUGGAAAAUCUAUGCAAGAAUUUUCUUGCAUUGAAAGUGGCCUAAGAAAACCAUGAAAGAGAUCAAAGUUCGACUCAUAAGAAGAAAAGGAAAAACUAUAUCAGUGUUUAAAUUCUGCAAUCCAUUUGUAUAUGGCCUGUGUGCCUAUUAACAGUUCUUCUUCCAAAGGCGGAUAGGUGAAUUUCAAGAUGUUAUCCAUUUUUGGACGAAAUGCUUGAUUUCCAUCUUGUAAAGCACAACUCACUUCAUAGUUUUAAGUAGAAAUCUUUCACAAUAGCGAGCAACCUAGGAUUUUAAUUUUUUUUUCCAAGUAUGUGCUAAUACUUGUUGAUGUGCAAUAUAUGAACAAUCUGUUG